AUGGGGAAAGACACUUUGUCCAACCUCAUAAAGACAAAGACUGGCCAAGGCGGCUUCCAUGACAGAUAUGUCGAGGAGCUCCAGCAGGCUCAUUCUGAGUACAACCGGUCUAUAAAACAGGCGGACAUGCUGGAGAGUCACAUCAUUCAGGCCAGAGAUCGGGCCGCGGCCAUAGAGAGCCAGGCCUACGAGAGACAGAAGGAGCAGAUGGGCGAUGUUCACGGGGACCUGGGCCUCCUCACAGUCAAUUCAGCCUUUCCCUGGUGUGUGGACCAAGAUCUUCUCAAAAUGAACAACCUGAUUUCCCCCCAGGACUACUUACCUACACACAAACGACCAGUGAGAGCACCAGCACCAAUCAAAUGGAAUCCUGCCAAACCUACCAUUGCCUCUGCCAUGCACAUGUCCAGGGAGCAUCAGGAUGAUGGUUACACUCUCAUGCCUAGCCCAAAAAAGAUCGUGCCAGAAAUGAACGAGUCAGAUCUCAGCCUGACCCUCGAAUCUAGCUCAGAUAACCCAAGGAGGAAGAAAACUUCCAAGGAGAGGCCCGACCAGACCAUAACUAGACCAAAUGGGAAGGAUGAGCCAAGCGCCGAGGAUCGGGCAGAGGGACGGAAAAAACUUCCACAGCUGAAAGAUCGAAACAACUUCCUAUGCAAUCCUCGCUUCCUUCCUUUGAAUGCACAGCAGGGUGGCGCAUCCCUCAUCCAUCCCAGAGCCAAAGGGGGGAAGAUGGAGCAUGUAAAGAAAGGGGCGCAGAAGCAAAGCUCAACUAAAAAUCCUGUCGCGGCCUUUCUAGCAAAACCUGCAGAGGUAGUUUUCAAUGACUACAGUGUGGGACAUGUCUAUAAGACUACCCUGGAGCUGAAAAACUUGACUUCUGCAAGCCGCACUAUCCGAGUCAUCCCUCCGACCACUCCUCACUUUUCCAUUGGCCUGGGGAGAUUCCCUGGCAAGGGUGGUGUUGUUGCCCCAGGGUUGAGUUGUAAGUACACAGUGUGCUUCACUCCAGACUCCUUCGGGGACUAUGAGGACUACAUAGUGGUGGAGACUGCUGGACGCCCGUUUAUGGUGCCCAUCGCAGCCAAAAGACCCGCUCCAAUACUCACAUUACCAAGAGUUCUGGACUGUGGUUGUUGCCUGAUCGGAGGAGUAACAUUUGUUGAGUUCCCGUGCCAAAAUGUAAGCUUAAGCGCCGGGAGCUUUUGCAUCAUCCCCAAGAACCAGUGGCCGGCCUCGAACCUCAGGUCUGUGGCAAGAACAUACUUUUCUGAGCAGCCACCCUUUGCAGUCAGCCCGUCUCUUUUUGUGCUGCAGCCUGGAGAGGCCACUGUAGUGGAGGUGGUGUUCUUCCCCACUACUGCUGAGAGGAGCUGUCAGGUGUUCACUAUUGUGUGUGACAACUGCCAGGUGAAAGACAUUUCCAUUGAAGGUGAGGGCCAGCAGAUUGCAUUUGAGCUGGUAUCUGUAUCUGGGAAGAAGGAGCCUCCUGUGGUGGGAGAGGUGCAUGACCUCACUGCGGAGCACUUUGUCCGCUUCAGCCCGUGCAACCCUCACUCUGUGCAACAGAAGAGACUCAUCAUUAGAAACAAUGUCCACUUGGAUCUGCCUUUCCACUGGCAGAUCAUGACGCCGAACCUGCACCCUUUCCUUCCAGGUGAAAUCCCGGAGCCUUCCCAUAUCCAGUUCCACCUGGCCGCAGACGAUGUUUUCCAUGUCAGCCCCAUAACAGGAGUUCUGACCCCCUUCCAGGAUCAAGAGUUUCUAUUCACCUUCUGCCCUAAAGAAUUGAAGGAUUACCACAGUGUCUGUCACUUAGUCCUGAUGGAGGUUCCCCAGCUGCCACCACAGCCCACUGACAAAAGCGUCCUUCAGCCUGUGCGCACUGGUUCCAAGGUAGGCGAUGUCAUCGUCAUGGAGAUAGAGGUCAAGGGAUCAACUGAGCCGUACCAGGUCCUACUGGAGCCCUACGCUGUUGUUAUCCCCGGGGAGAUUUUUAUUUGCUCGACCACCCGCAGGCAAUUCAAGAUGUGGAACCACAGCAAAACCUGCAUCUUUUUUCAGUGGGAGAGAAUAAGCAACAGCAGCCACAUAAUUGAAGUAGAGCCCUCUGCUGGUAGCAUAGAGGAAAACGAGUGUUUCGACUUCGACCUGGUUUUGAGUGGAGGGAAGCCAGAGAGGGUUGUGACCAGUCUGGUUUGCUCCAUAAAGCACUGCCCCGAGCCCGUCACUUUGGCCGUGGAAGUCUCUUUUAAGGGUCCCAUAGUGACCGUCAGUGUGCCCAGUGUGGAGUUUGGGCUCAUGAAGCUCGGGGAGCAGACACAGACCACUCUGCUCCUCACUAACAUUACCCAGCAGGAGGCGAACUGGACACUGAAGGAGAGGUGUGACCGUCAGCAGGACCACCAGGAGAUACAGAUCUCAGUGGAACCACGCACAGGUGUGCUGUCCCCCUUGGCCUCUUGCAGUGUGGAUGUGCUAUUUAGUCCCCAUUUGUGCCAGCGAUAUGAAACAGAGCUGGUGUUGACAGUGGAGAAUGGAACCGGAUGUCACCUGUCGGUGCAAGCAGACGUGCAGUGUCCACAGGUGUGUCUGCUGAACUGUGAGCUGCUCUUCUCUGAACUCUACCUUGGAGUUGCUGCAGAGGGAACCGUCACUAUCUUCAACCAGACGCUGCUGCCUUCACACUUCAGCUGGAUGGAUCAGCUCCAGGGUAAACAGGCUGAACUGUGCUCAGCCAGUUUUGACCCCUCUUCUGGCUCACUGGGACCUAAUGCCUGUUUGGAGAUCACAGUUCAUUUCAUCUCUCACACAGAUCUGGAUCUGACUGAGGUGGCUGCUCUCUGUGAGGUCCAAGGGAUGAACUCUCCCCUUGUUGUUGGCAUCACGGCUUCCAAAACCAAGAAACUCAGUGUGUCCUACUCACUGCCCAGUGUCUGCUCUCCUCCAGAUGACGAGAGACCCUCAACACUGUUGCUCGACUUUUGUGAUGACGUCAUUUUGAACAGAGCCGUUACUAAGCAGUUAUUGAUAACCAAUCAGACUGCUAUCCCGGCCCCUUUCCACAUAGAGGCAGAUUAUUUCACAUGCCAUGCCUCAAAGCCAAACAACCAGUCAGAGAAAAGAAUGACAUACGUCAAGAAGCCGCUCCACUAUGUUCAAGCUCAGAAAAUAGAAGAAAAAGCACUUAAGGAGUUUGUGAGCAGCCUGCUGGCUAAUGGAAAAGGUGCAGCUUUCUUUGUCCUGCCAGACACUGGGAUGCUGGGAGCCUUUGAGACCCAGACUGUGGAUGUCACUGCCUACACGGACAUGUGGGGCGAAUACAGAGAUCACCUCAUAUGCAAAGUGGGGGACCUCAAGCCCACGCUCAUUCCCAUGCAGAUGACGGUGACAGGCUGCCCACUCUACUUCCAAAUCACAGGCCCACGUCCAGACAACCAGAACCAGGGACCAAAAACACAGUUUGGCACUCAUGUGUCAGGAGGUGACACGGUGUCUCGUUCUCAUCGCAUCCACAAUCCGACCAUGUUUGAUAUUCGCCUGGACUGGGAAACAUAUAACAUAGAUCAGAAUGACCAUAAACUGGUGGACGUUGUGGUGGCAUAUGGAGACACCUUUCCAGUUAAAGAUGCUGAUGGCAACGAGGUGUUAAAUGGAGCAUUAAGGAUUUCUGGUGGGAGUGCUCAAACAGCCUGGGAAGGAAAUAAGACCUCAGGUUCUGAGGGGACGAGCUCCCCCCUCUGUAGCAUGACCAGUGGGGAAGCAAAGGAAUAUGUAUCCGAGGAAGAGGAAACCUGUCUCUAUCCCUCUCCUGCAAAGAAAAAACUCUUGUCUGUUCACAUCAGACCGCAUGUGGGCGACCUCUCGGAUUACCCAUACUGCAUCACACCCCAGCAAUUAGUGAUUCCAGCAAAGAGCAGCAGCACCAUCCAUGUAUCUUUCACUCCUUUGACUGGGUCAGGUUGUGAGUCCAGAUGUGUGGGCCUGGCUCUGGGCUUCAUGGGACUAGACUCUGAGAUGGCUGCCUGCGUCCCGGGUAAAGUUGUGAGAGCUCAGGGUUUGGAUUUGGAGCCCGUCAGAAUUGAUCUACUCGCAGUCGUUAAGCCGUCAUUGCUGUUGGUGCAGAUAGAGGAGGAUGAGGGGGUGCUGGAGUUUUAUGCCUCAGCCGGUGAUUUACUGAAGGCAGAAUCAGAGCUGGUAGUUCGUGAAUUUGACACCACACGGGCCUUUCAGCUGAGAAACAACUCAGAAAUGCUCCUCCACUUCAGCCUGGGGACUCAGCCUCCCUUUAAGGUGGUGAAGCAGCAGCUUGAAGUCCGGACCAGCAGCUCCAGCGACCCACCUACUGGUGACAGCCAGGCUCUGGUGCUGCACCCACAGCAAAGCAUGCAGGUGAAGGUGGCCUUCCACUGCUCCCUGCCCCUUCUGGACCAUGCAGACCAGGCAGAGGAGGAAGUCCCUCCGGGGGUGACGCUGAUCCAUCGUGCAGGAGAGGGAAGGAAGCUGAGGUUCCAGCAAAACCUCCUGAUUCACUACAACGACAACAGAUUGCAGACGGUGCCUCUCUGUGCCUGUUUAUAUCUCCCUACGAUGCGUCUGUCCAGGGACAGCAUCGACUUUGGGUUCUGCUUCGUGGGGCAGACGCUGAUAACAGAAGUCAACCUCCACAGAAACAGAGCCCUCACUUACUGGAAAUCAGUUAUUGAGUCGGAUGAAGGAGACUCCCAUGUGUUCAGAGUCACACCAGACUUCGGGCUCCUCAGGUCAAAGGAGCUUAACGUCACCAGCUGCAGCCACUGUCUCCAGAUCAGCUUUACUCCCAGUGAGGACGGAGUGUUCAGGGCCGUUGUGGUAAUCCAGUCCCCUCUGAUGAAGACCCCCCCCACUCUGCAGCUCCAGGGAACCGGAUCCUUUGACAAAGUGUACAGGUCCAACUCGAUGUCCUUAAAACAUCACAGUCGCACAAUCACCACCUGUUCUCCUUAAAUCAACUUGUUCAUUUAGGAAUGUAAAUAAAUAUGCGGAAGCACUUG